CUAUGUCGGGCCGACUACCUGUAAAAAUUUGUAUGGUUUCAAGAAAGCAUUACAUAUUCUAGUUGUUUUAAUUGGUUAAACAUGGAUUUUAAGGCGAAAAGAAACAAAAGAGCACAAAUAAACAACGCCGCUUCAGAUAAGACCCCACAUGCUGCCGGCCGAAAUAAUUACCAACACAACGGAUUAAAACAUGACAUGAAUAUCUCCCCAAAGCGAAAUGCUGUCAACCAUUCCGCCGGUACUACUUUUCAGACCGCCGAGUGUAUUGCUUGCCGUAAGCCAUCAAUAUGUGUGUGUGAACGAUGUGGAGAUUUUUACUGCUCACCGGAUUGCCAAAAGAAAGAUUGGCAAAGUCAUAGAUAUAUAUGCUUCCCAAUGCCAAAGUUGGUUCAGCCAACAUCCGUCUUGUCAACGGACGCUGUGUAUCCUGCUAAUGCGCCAUUAUUAACUGUUAAACAAAUUUCGCAUGCCAAUCCGACCAAUAGCAUUCAACGUACUCAACAACAACCACAGAAUUCUCGAAAUAAUUCUCAACAAAAUCAUACCUUGAUGGGACAUCCACCAUCCUCUGAUACCAAUGAACAACAACAACAAACAAAUAUUAGAGCUCCACAGAAUGCUAAUGAUAAAGAUGCAAAGCAAGCGAUCAAAACGACAACAGCUACUGUACCAACGGUAGACCUACCCAAGUCCAAUAGUCAUGUAAUUUUGACCGGCUUUCGGACACCAAACCGUUGUUAUGUGCGCGCUGUAAAUCCGUCCGUUGAAGAUGAUUCCAUGUUGAAUGCGCGAAAAGUUGAUGCUUUUGGCAAGAUUGCAAAACCUCUUGGCGCAAUGCCCAAGCUGCAUAGUUAUGCCAUGGCACCUUAUAACGGUGUUAUGCAUCGUGUAGAGGUAUUACUUGUACGUAACCCCGCCAACAUUCGUGUGCUCUUUAUUGAUCGCGGUGUAAUUGCUACACGAAAUCUAAAAGAUUUGCGUGAAAUUUCUGAUGAAAUUAUAUCGCUUAAACAGUAUACAUGUUUGGUACAAUUGCGCAAUGUGUCCAAUUAUGUGUUGAGUGAGAAAUUGAUAAAACAUCUUGCCCGUUACGAGGACCAAGACUUCAAAAUAAAAUAUGAUCGCGUCGAAACCGGUGUGGAGCUAUUGCGUUGGCAAAAUGAAAAAUCAUUAAAUGAUGAAGUUGAGCAGUUUUGUAAGGAAUCAGGCGCUGAAGUUUGGUCUGAUGCUGUACGCGGUAGACAGAAUACUGUUAAUAAGAAUGCUAAAACUAAUGACAAUAAUGCUAAACAACAAAAUUCAGCAGGCGACAGCCCAAAAGUGGACGAGCCGCACGAUGACCAAUUCUAUGCGCUUGAACCAGGCUCGUCCGCAGGGAAUUCACAUGUAAGUGUGCAGCAGAAGCAACCUAUACAAGAAGAUCGUAAUGGCAUAAAGGAAGAGAAGAAGAACGAAAGUGUCGUUGAAGUAGAACAUCCGACGAUGAGAGCACCUUUCGAAAUUAACUACUUCAAAGUGGAUUGUGCCCCUUUCAAGGCUGUUGUGAUUGAUGUUUCCUGUUUAGAAAUCGGUUAUUUGGGCUGUAUCGCUCAGGAGGAUUUGGAGUGUCUACAGAUUGUGCAUAAGCAGUUGGAGUCUAUAACUAUAUCUGAUAAACCAUAUAAGCCGCAAUUGGAGGAAUAUUGCAUCGCAAAAUUUGAAGGAAUGUGGUAUCGUGCUCAGGUAAUCGAUAUACCUAACGAAUCCGAGUACACCGUGAUGUAUAUCGACUUUACGAACGAAGCAACUUUGACCAGCGCCGAUAUACGUCACUUUCCUGCAAGCGUCACCGGCGCGUGCAAAACAAGUUUAUGUUUAAUUGAUGGCUUGCCAACAGAUUUGAGUGCUGAGCUUAUAAGAUUUUUGAAUGAAGAAAUUCAACUGCAAACUGUCAUUACCAUUGAUCGUGUGAAGAAUAUCGACGAGCAAGUAGUAGUUGUUGAAUGUAAGAGUCUUUUGGACAAAAUUCGAAAAAAUAAUUUGCUGACUUAAAUUCUAUAAGUGCGCAGUUAUCGCUGAAGCGCUAUAUUCUUAUUAUAACAUUGCUUUACCUCCCACUAUUAUGAACACUCGCCUCGAGAAAUAGAAUAUGUAAUACGAGUAUACUGCCUCUAUCUUAUAGAAACAGAUAAAAAAUGUUUCCAAAUCAGUUGCAACCCCGCAUAAUUGUUAUAAAUCCUUCUACUUUGAUUAUAGCGAUAUUUCCUUCAAUAUUAUACAUUUAUACAUUACACCCACUUUUUUUUUUUUUAUAAUAUUUUGUUAACCAUGACGCAACGAACGUGGCGGCUCCAAUACGAGUUUAAGACUCUUUUAUAUCAAUCCUUAUAUAAUACACAUUGUGGAGCCCUUGGUCACUUUUGAUAUGCAUCCUUUGAAUAUUUUUAUUUCGAAAAAAAUUUUCCUUAGCUACAUACAUUUGGCGGUGUGGCAUUUUUAUCAUGCCUAAAAAAUUUUAAAUGAACAAAUAUAUAUUAAGGGGUAGUACAGUUAUCCCUCCCCUGAAAGAAAAGCACUUCACGGCCAUGCUUUUUCUUUCAUUUCAUUUUUUAUACCAUUUACCCAAUGUAAUAUUUUUAAGAAUAUUGCAUGCAACUAAAGAUUAUCAAACUUUUCGGAAAUAAAUUUUGCAUCUCCACAAAUUCUUAUGUUACACUAAAUAUGAAAUUCAAUGAAAUUUCAACUACUGAAAAUUUAUAUAUUAUUUCACUAAUGAAGUUCGCUAAAAAAAAGCAAACAAAUGCAAUUUGUACACCUAUUAUGUGUGGUAUAUUAUAUAAUAGGGCUACUCUACUAGCCCUGGCAACUAUAACAGUAAUUAAUAUUAUGUAUGGCAAUCUUGUCUACACAAUCCAAAAUGGAGUACACGCUUGCUAAAAGUCUUCCGUUUUUAAGGGCCCCAUUCCUUCUUGUCAGAGCAACGCCGAAGAGAGCGCCGCUGAUCUAACCCAUUACCGUCUUACGCCAGCAACACAGAAGGGAGCGUUACUGACCUAACCUACUGUGGUUGCUUAAGGUUUAACACUCGUGAGUCCUCGUCCACUCAGCUAUUUUGCAAAAGAUGUGCGUGCGUUGCUUUUCGGUGUUUUUGACUUUUUGUUAGCAUUCCCUGUUACGAAAGUCCCGCUUUCUGUAACUAUAUUGGCAUACACGUUCCGAAACCGUCGUCACUUCAUAGCUCUGUGUUAUAGAGAGAUUUCAGAUUAGUGCUGAAGUCUUUCGUGCAGAUCUUAAUCCUAUGUAUUAUCUUUGCUAAACCGGUUGACAAUGGUAACAGUCGAACUUAUGGUUUAAUAUUCAUGUGCGAAUUCAUAUAUCGCUAGUAGAACUAGGAAGAUGUCAAUACAAACUCUCAAUGUCCUUUACAUCUACAUUUUGCUAUGGUGCAGUGUAGUAAGACUUCAGGUUUUGGUCAAUAUUGUUUUUAUUUCCGCGACAUAAAAUAUUCUCCAAAUAGUUUUGGGGAACCUGUUGAGGUACAGCAGGUCCGCUGCUGGAUUUUCUAUUAGCAUAUUUCGUUGAAAAACUACUGAUUCUCAAUCACAGCUCUUCUAGUGGCUGCCAUCAACACACCUUUCUCCUUUCGCUCGCCUUUUUUGGUCGCUGGUGUAACUACUAGUUAUCGCGAUCAGACAGUACUGUUCUUGCCUUUGUCAAGUUCGUCUGUAGAUAUCAAAGCACUCGUUGCUAAAUUAUGUUAACUCAAAUAGCCUUGCGUUUGUUAGGUUAUGUUCUGGCGGAUACAAAAAUUAUUGUGUAAGAAAGGAAAUCGUAAAAAUUUACAAAAACGUUACUUAUGUAACGCAUAUGCCUGUGGGACAAGCAGAUUGUGAACUAUUUGAUAUUUGAACUCAAAAUUAAGAGAUAAAAUCAAAAAAUAUUGUAAUAAAGAUGAAAUGUUUGAUUGCAAAA